AUGAUGCUCGUGUGGCCGGUGUUACAUUCUCUCUGUGUUCAAGCUAUGACAAUUCGACUGUUUUUAGGAGAAAAUUAUCUGCUUUAGCAACCGAAUUAAGGAGGUCUCCUUUUUGUAACUAACGGGAGACGUUGCUUCCCAUUUCGGGUUCCGGUGGCAAUUUUGUGUCUAAAAGCCGCGGCCGUUCUUCGCCUUGUAAUUGUCGACAGUUUUGAAAACCUGCUGCAGUUUUAGUGCAUUUAUUCGGCUGCUUGUCCUACCAUCGCUGAUACGGUUGAAAAGAGAAACAUGUCUAGCGAGUCUUCAGAAUUAAGGCCGUAAAUACGCCGGGGCUGAUUCUGCAAAUUUGGGCAAAAGUUAGUUACGAUUUCACAACACAAGAUUUUUCCAAACGUUAUGAUCUAUGGUUGGCAAGUCUUCACCUCACGAUGAUUGAAAAUGGACAUAAGCUGGCUUCUUUUUGAGCAUUGUUGUUUUAGAUAAUGGACGAGAGAUUUCCUUCAGACAAUGGUCCUGAUAUGACAAACCACCAAGAAAACUGUAAUCACACUCCUGCCGAGAAAUCCAAAACUCCUGUUGUUACCACUGCUGAAGUUUCAAGUGAUCAGAGCACAAACGCAGAUUCCCCAGAACAGCCACAAGCCAUUACCAUGGCAACACAACCUAAGCCUUCUCUAAGUACUGUUCAUGUACAGCAGAGUUUUCAUGGAAUCCGUUCAUCCAUACCUGUAUUGACUCAUUCAGCUUCUGAGCCAACCUAUCAUCAAUCAAGGAAAACUCUUGUGCGAAGUGUCGCUGUGACAAGUGUUCCUUCACCUCCACCCUCUCAGUACCCAGAUGAGGUCACAGAGGGUGCAGUGUUGAGUAAAAAUACCAGUAUUGAAUCCUGUGACAGUGGAAUAGCAGGAGAGUUACCACCUCGGCUUGAGGCCUUGGCAAGAGCCUCUAAACAGAGUUCACUUUCCAGAGAUGGUUCAUUUGAAUAUACAGAUUCCACGGGAACUGACCUGCAUGAUUUUAUUAUAAAGACUCUAAGGAAUCCCAGGGAUCGCAAAUUUCUCAUGAGACUUGAACAAGACUUCCUUAAUUUUAUUCAGCAACCAGCUCUCUUCCUUCACUACCCACCUAUGACAUCAUACCACCGCAUGAUUGUGCACAGAGUUGCCGCUUACUUUGGUAUGGAUCACAAUGUUGAUCAACAAACAGGAAAAUCAGUCAUAAUAAAUAAAACAGUGAACACAAGAAUACCUGAAAGCAGAUUUUUAGAACUGAUACCCAGAGAGGAAUCAGAGGACUCAGAGAGUUCAAUUCCACGAUUAAUUCUUAAAAGACAAAAUACACCGUCAGACGAAAGCACCCCUCCAAAGAUUGAUAGUCCUGUUCUUAUACAUUCUAUGGAGGACAAGCGUUCUAAAUCCAUUGAGGAACGAGAAGAAGAGUACCACAAAGCCAGGGAAAGGAUAUUUAAUCAAGAUUCUAUCUCAUCACAGUCAUCACAGUCUUCUAAAGGCGAAAAUGAUAUGAUAGUCCCUCAACUUCUGCAAAGGGAGGACAUGGAAAAUGUAAGUGAUGUUGCCGGCGAGGAAAAACUUGAAAGGCUACCUAUAAGUAAAAUCGGCAAGUCUAAAUCAGAGGAAGUGGAUGUGACAGGAGACAGGUCCUCGACUGGGACGUCGGGCAUCAGAAUAAUGACGAACAAGCCAUUUACUAGGUCCAGUAGUAGUCCAGGAAUAAGUCAUAUCGGUGGUUCACCCGCUUUGGAGCGUGUAUCCAAUUCUUCUCGCCGGGCAUCAGAUGGAAACCAGAGGCAGCGCCAUCUACCUGGCUCACAGUCCGUCCUGUCAGCUCCACUACCUUACUGGGUGGCAGAGGGGACCCCUUUGGUUGUACCCUCUGGGGAGAUGCAGAUGCUGCCGGUGCAAGCUCCAGGAGUACAAGGGAUGCCAGUGCCUGUCAUGGCUGCACCGGCUCCUACGUCACAGCAGAGUGGUGGAGUGAUGUGGUCAGUGCCUCAAGAGCCUUUACAGCCUGGAGUUAUGCUUAUAAAUCCUAAUACAGGGACACCUUUGUUAGGAGCAGACGGAAAUCCUUUGGUUAUGCAACCGGCCUAUCAGCAAGUCAUGAUGAAACCAAGUUCAAGCUCAGGCUACACUCAGCCAUCGACUGUCCGCACUCCUGUACAGGCUGCACAGCAACCUUCUGCCAUAGCGCAACAGCAGCAGCAGCAGUCGCAACAACAACAGGCGCAGAGUGCGGUGAAUUCUGGUCAGCUUGUGAUGCCGCAGUAUGUCAAUAUGCCGCCACCGGUGUAUGUAUUACCGUCGAGCGGUCGACCCCCAUUUGCGCAGCAACAGGCUGGCGCAGAGACGGGAAGUCAUUGGUCUGCAUCAGCUCAACCGGUAACUUCAGGAAAUCCGGGAUAUCAGGACAUGACUGCCCAGUUUGGCGCGCUUUCUCUUUCGGGACAAGCCACUCUGGAAUCGACCUCGUAUCACCACCAACAACAGUACGCUGAGUCAGGCGUGCCGAGCUCCACUCGUACAACUUCGCCAAUGUACGUCAACAGUGUCACUCAAGGUGGUCAAAUGCAAUACGUUGUGUUACCUCCUUCAGGCAUGCAGUCGCAGAUGAGGCCGUUGAUACAAAGCCAAGCUUACGGUGCUCAAGCGGUCCCCCAGACUGCAAACCCUCAGCAAUACCAAAGUUACGUGGUUUCACCGACUCAAACACCAUAUCAACAAUUUCCCUACGGCACCCUUCCUAAAGAUGUAACUUCCUCCGUCAUUCAACAACACGCUCGAUCCCAGACACCACCCACCCCUCCCCAAACAGCGUCGCCUGCUCAUACAAACCAGUACUUGCAGCAGCAGCAGCAACAACAACAUCAACAUGCUCAGGCGCAGCUGACAUAUUCAUCUCAAAUUCCCCAGCAGUCACCACAACAGACGCAUACCACACCAUAUCAACAACAACAACAACAAACGACUUCGCCCCACAACCCACAGCAACUUCUCCGACCUAUGGUACCCUUAGUCAUUCAAGGGGGUCGGAGUGUUGCUAUGGCAGCUGCCGUCGGGCAACAGGGCCCAGUCCCUUCUCAGUACCAACAGACCCCGCCGCAUGUUCAGAACCAGUAUCCCUCGAAUCAGAGGAGAAUGUAUAAUAUUGAGAGACGCGCUUUCAAGACUGGCGAGAUGUACAGCUCCGACGCUGUCAUGCAAGGCUCCCCCUCGUUGGUCUCUUACGGGGAUGGAUCGAUAUCUACUGGUUAUGAGAUUCAGGGAGAAAGGAGUCAGUUUAACCAAUAUCCGUAUCAAAGAUACGGUUCCUCGGGGCAGCCUGCUAACCAGCCGUUCAACAAACCGAAAAAUAAACAAUUCAAAGAACGGCGAGGAAGCCCACGAGGACAACACCAAGAUACGGGCAAGAAACAUGGCCGUAAAACCCCAGAGACUGAGAGGACGGCUGGUGAACAGUGACAACUACGAGAUUUUGAUGUCCACGUAUUUCAAUGAGUCAGCCUUAUUCUGAAGGUGUAUGACUUACCCAGGGGAAUGAAAAAAGUAAUAUGAAAAAUGAAUUAUUGGACGAUCUGGUGAAGGCUGGGGACCUGGAUCAAAUGGUUGAACACUGUUACGAGCGGAUCACAAGAGAGUCCGGUCAUCGCAAUUUUUCCUUCCUCAACGAUAGCCGAACAUGCUCUAAAUACAAUGUCACGCUUCAAAUUUAAACUUUGCCAUUCUCAACACAAAAAAAAAAAAAAGCAGUCACGCUUAUGCGGAUUCGAACGCUUCUAUUUCGUCCU